AUGCAGGAGCUGGCGCGAGAGCGCAACAAGGUCGCCCUGCCGCGCGUCGUGCCGCACGAGUGGGGUGUGCGGCUGCCGAGCGAGCGCUUCGUGCUCAGUGGCACGAGCUGGGGCCUGCAGGACGCCUGGGACGAGGUCGACGAUGACGAGGAGGUGCCCGAUGCCGCGGGGGCCGUCGGCGAUGCGAUGGAGGGCAUCCAGGGCCCGGCGCCAGAGGAUGUCGGCGGCGACGGCGUUGAGGGCGGCACCGUAGAGGACAUGUUUGGCGACGACGUCGACGAAGAGAUGGCUGAAUAG